UCUCUCUCACACACACACAGUGACACAGCGCGCCUGUUUUUGUAAUGCAAGUAAAGCUUUCUCCUUUGAUCCAGAAGAGAUGGUGAUGAAUUUCCUCUCCUUUCUCAGCAAGAGGACUAACAAUACCCAUCAUCGUCUCUUUCAAUUCAUCCACAAAACCGCCAUUGUUUCUCCUCAUUCCCUCUCUAACCCAUUUCUAUCCCAUCGCACCCAUUUUUGCACUCAAUUUCCAUCUCCAUCUCCAUCACCAUCUUCUCCCCAUCUCGUCAAUGAGCUCUGCCGCGUCCUCAGCGACUACCGCAAUCCCCAUAACGAUCUCGAAUCAGCUCUAACCCCUUUCGCUUCACAAAUCACCUCUGAUUUAGUCGAACAAUCCCUCAAAAGAUGCAGCAAUCUAGGAUUCUCAGCUCACAGAUUCUUCCUAUGGGCUAACCGAUUACCCAAUUUCCUCCAUAGCAAACAGAGUUAUCACAUUCUAGUUGAUGUAUUAGGAAGAAGCAAACAGUUCCCAUUGAUGUGGGAUUUCCUAUCCGAAAUUAAACACAACCAAUCUUACCAAAUCGAACCUGAACUUUUCUGGAUCACUUUCAGGGCUUAUUCAAGAGUCAAUCUUCCUGCAGAUGCAAUUCGUGGAUUCAAUCGAAUGCUUGAUUUCGGUAUUAUUCCUAAUAUAGAUGAUCUCGAUAAGCUUUUGUUUGCUCUCUGUAGAAGGAAGCAUGUUAGGCACGCCCAAGAAUUCUUCGAUCAAAUCAAAUUGGAAAUAACCCCAACUGUUAAAACUUAUAGUAUUUUGAUGAGGGGAUGGGGUGAUAUAGGUGAAGCUGAUGAAGCACAGAAGGUGUUCGAUGAAAUGCUUAAGAGAGGUUGCGAAAUGGAUCUCCUAGCUUAUAAUAGCAUGUUACAGUCAUUAUGCAAAGGAGGUCACGUUGAUGAAGCUUAUAGUUUAUUCAGGAACAUGUUCAAUUCGAAAGAACUCAAACCGGAUUCAUUCACUUAUUCAAUCUUCAUCCAUGCUGCCUGCGAUUCAAACGAUAUUCAUCUCGCAUUCAAGCUGCUCGAUAGGAUGCGAAGGUAUGAUCUUCUCCCUAAUGUAUAUACAUACAAUCAUAUAAUCAAGACACUUUGUAAGAACAACAAGGUAGAAGAAGCAUACCAAUUGUUCGAUGAAAUGAUAGAAAACAAUGUUAAACCAGAUGUUUGGAGUUACAACACUGUUCUUGCUUACCAUUGUGAUUACAAUGAAGUAAACAAGGCUUUUAUGGUGAUAUCGAGAAUGGACAAGGUUUCUUGUUCGCCCGAUCGUCAUACUUAUAAUAUGGCGUUGAAGAUGUUGAUUAGGAUUGGGAGGUUCGAUAGGGUUGAUGAAGUUUGGGAUAUGAUGGAGAAAAAGGGUUUUUUUCCUUCGGUUUCUACUUAUUCGGUUAUGGUUCAUGGUUUAUGUAAGAAGAGAGGUAAAUUGGAAGAGGGUUGUAAAUAUUUUGAAAUGAUGAUUGAUGGAGGAAUUCCACCUUAUUCUACUACUUGUGAAUUGUUGAGGAAACAAUUGAUUGGAUUAGGGUUUGCUGAAAAGAUAGAUAUAAUUGCAGAUAAGAUGGAAAGAAGUACUUCUUGUUCUAUACAAGAACUUGCAAAUGUUUUAAGAGGUGUUAGCCUUAAUCUGACCUCAACUUCAACGCAUGGAGAUUUGUACUCGGAUUGAUGUUUGAGUUCGUGUAUUGAUAGAAAUGUUAGAUUGUUUGGAAGACCGACGAGAAUUCGAAAAACAAAUAUUGAAAGGGAUUGUGACAUGUUGCACAAAUUAAUUGAGUUCCAAGUAAGAAAUGUGAUAUGUAUACUACUGAUUUAAGUUUCAUUGUUUUUCAAUGAUCAAUAGAGAGUUUUGAUUGGUAGAAUCUGAUAGGCUAGAUUGAUUUUUUCUGACAUGUUGUUAAGCAUUAUAAAUCUUGUUCAAAGCGGUGUAAGCCUUCGGUCGUGUUAAGGUCUUCCUCCUUUUCCGAUUCGGAUUUGGUUCCAUCGACAAGUUUUCCUACAAUGGUGAUCUCUUUAUUGAGAAUUUGUAAGGUAAGAUCGAUAGGAUAAUACUAUCUUUCGAUAGACUUUCUUCAUUAAGGUUAUAUUUCAUUAGAUUUUUUUG